UAUGUUCCGCUUAGCAGAUACAUAGCGCCUUAGUGUUUAAAAGUAUUAGAAACGGUAACGAGAUUCCGUUACGGACAAACCUUGUUUGGUGGUUCCUUUUCUCAGCUUGUUGCAGUUCCGACUGCCUGACAGAACAUCGUCAUGAGCACUGCUGUGUGGAAUCCACGUUUUGAAAGAAGAAUGUCCGAAGUUAAAGCACAGGCUAUUAAUGAUGUCAUCAGAAGUUGCAUUAACAAAAUGGGAAACGAUCUCCCUUUCUACGUCGCCGACUUUUCAGAUGUUGUGUAUAAAUGCCGAUAUUGGAAAGCAAAGUUACCAAGAGUAGAGCCUUUUUACGCUGUCAAAUGCAACUCUGAUCCAGUGCUUCUACGCCUCAUGGUUUCCCUUGGAAUGCGUUUUGACUGUGCUAGUAAAGGUGAAAUAGAUGCCGUCCUUUCCGCCGGAGCAAAUUCAUCUGAUGUCAUCUACGCCCAUCCUUUCAAAUCAGUUUCAUUUCUCAGAUACGCCGCAUCCAUGAACGUAGAUAUUAUGACAUUUGACAGUGAACAAGAACUCAUGAAAAUCAAACGUGUCUUUCCCCAUGCCAGAUUAGUUCUCCGCAUAAGAAUACCAAACGUACCGGCAGGAUUCCCCUUGAGCAACAAAUUUGGAUGCGAGUUGAAACAAGCUGAGAAAUUGUUGCACUUAGGUAGAAAGCUGGAAAUGAACAUCGUUGGGGUCAGUUUCCAUGUAGGAAGUCUUUGUGAACAGCCAUCCGCGUUUUCCAAAGCCAUCGGAAUGGCAAGACAAGUUUUUGACACAGCUGAAGAUUUGGGAUUUCACUUUACAUUACUCGACAUCGGAGGAGGUUAUCCCGGUGCUACCGGAACCAUGGACAUCUUUGAUAAAAUGUGCUACUAUAUAAAUUUGAGCCUCGACGAACAUUUUCCCGAAGGGUGUGGAGUUAAAAUAAUUGCAGAGCCAGGCUGCUACAUGGUAUGUUCUGCGUACACUAUCUGCACUAAAAUUUUAGGGAAAAGGACAAGCACAGACACAGAUGCAGAAGAUGAUGAAUGUUUCAACAAAUCUUUGCAACGUUAUUACUACCUCAAUGACGGCGUUUAUGGGUCAUUUGCCUACGGGUUUGAAAAAUAUGGAUUCCACAUCAAACCACUUCUAAGCAAGGCCCAACUUGCUUCUCGCCAAAUACUUCGCAGCAAGUUGUGGGGAGCCACUUGCUGCAGCUCUGAUUGCAUCAUCGAAGACUGCCUGCUACCCGAAAUGGAAGUUGGAGAGCAUAUUGUAUUUGACAACAUGGGAGCUUACACACAAUCGUUGACAACUACGUUCAAUGGGUUCCCUAUGCCAACCACACAUUACAUAUUCCCACCGCAAUCAACGUACAAGAACGAGAAGAUCCCACCAUUUGAAGAUUUUUGCCGUGAUCUAGGAACAAACCAGUUGAAAGCAUUUAUUAAAAUCCAGGACUACAUUUGCCACGACGACUCUAACGACGACCUUUUCAGAAAAGGAGGUGAAAUAGAUGCCGUCCUUUCCGCCGGAGCAAAUUCAUCUGAUAUCAUCUACGCCCAUCCUUUCAAAUUAGUUUCAUUUCUCAGAUACGCCGCAUCCAUCAACGUAGAUUUUAUGACAUUUGACAGUGAACAAGAACUCAUGAAAAUCAAACGUGUUUUUCCCCAUGCCAGAUUAGUUCUCCGCAUAAGAAUACCAAAUGUACCGGCAGGAUUCCCCCUGAAUAAAAAAUUUGGAUGCGACUUGAAACAAGCUGAGAAAUUGCUGCUCUUAGGUAGAAAGCUGGAAAUGAACAUCGUUGGGGUCAGUUUCCAUGUAGGAAGUCUUUGUGAACAGCCAUCCGCGUUUUCCAGAGCCAUUGGAAUGGCAAGACAAGUUUUUGACACGGCUGAAGAUUUGGGAUUUCACUUUACAUUACUCGACAUCGGAGGAGGUUUUCCCGGUGCUACCGGUACCAUGGACGUCUUUGAUAAAAUGUGCUACUAUAUAAAUUUGAGCCUCGACGAACAUUUUCCCGAAGGGUGUGGAGUUAAAAUAAUUGCAGAGCCAGGCUGCUACAUGGUAUCUUCUGCGUACAAUCUCUGUACUAAAAUUUUAGGGAAAAGGACAAGCGCAGACACAGAUUCAGAAGAUGAUGAAUGUUUCGACAAAUCUUUGCAACGUUAUUACUACCUCAAUGACGGCGUUUAUGCGUCACUGAGGGGGUUCGAAAGAUAUGGAUUCAACAUGAAACCACUUCUAAGCAAGGCCGAACUUGCUUCUCGACAAAUACUUCGCAGCAAAUUGUGGGGAGCCACUUGCUGCAGCGCUGAUUGUAUCAUCCAAGACUGCCUGCUGCCCGAAAUGGAAGUUGGAGAGCAUAUUGUAUUUGACAACAUGGGAGCUUACACACAAUCGUUGGCAAGUACGUUCAACGGGUUCCCUGCGCCGACCAUUCAUUACAUAUUCCCACCGCAAUCAACGUACAAGAACGAGAAGAUCCCACCAUUUGAAGAUUUUUGCUGUGAUCUAGGAUCAAACCAGUUGAAAGCAUUUAUUAAAAUCCAGGACUACAUUUGCCACGACGACUCUAACGAUGACUUUUUCAGAAAGGAAUGAAGGACUUAACUAUCUGGUGGUGAUUAGUAAUUACUUAACAUUUUUAUAUUCUUGGCUACUUAGUGCGGCACGGUUUUGAAAUGGCGUAAGAAAGCACGGAGUUCGGCAGUAUUUGGAGAGGAAGAUUUCUGUUGGUGUUUUAUGCUUUUAAUACAUAACUAUGCGUUAUUUGGUUGUGUAUUACUAUGUUUCUUCUGUUGACACCAUUAAAAUUUUGAAAACAUUUUCCCAAA